CAGUUAAAUCCUCGCUCUUACAGGCUAAAGAGGUCGUUUAAGAGUGUCAGCAUGUGUCAAGAGCGGAAGACGAGCGUCCUGCGACUGCCCGCGCUGAACUCCGAUGAGCUGAUGUCCCAGCAGGUGUGGGCAGAUAUCCUGAACUCCACUGCACAGGCAUUGAAGGCUGGUCAGGUCGUGGCUGUGCCCACUGACACCGUCUACGGUCUCUCCUGUGUGGCUCAAAACUCCAACGCCAUCAGGAGAGUUUAUGAGAUCAAAGGCAGGAAUGGAGACAAACCUUUAGCCAUCUGUGUUGGAGAAAUACAGGACAUCUACAGGUUUUGUAAGGUGUCCGUGAAGGAGGAACUGCUACGAGAUCUUCUGCCUGGACCCAUCACACUGGUUCUGGAGAGAUCGGUCACACUCAACAGUGGUCUCAAUCCUUUUACUAAGCUCAUAGGGGUCCGUAUUCCAGACCACCCGUUCAUGCGUCACCUCUGUCAGAUGUGCGGCGAGCCGCUCGCUCUCACCAGUGCUAAUGUCAGCGCGCACACCAGUACAGUUGCUGUUCAUGAGUUUGAGGAUUUGUGGCCCAGUCUGUCUGUUGUGGUGGACGGUGGCUCGAUUGGAGACAAAAGUCGUCUGGGUUCUACAGUAGUAGAUCUGUCUGUGUGCGGCAGAUACCGAAUAAUCAGACCUGGAUGUGCCCUCUCAGUGACAGUUCAGAUACUGGAGGGCAAGUAUGGACUGCUGGAGAAUUCUGUCAAUCAAUGA